AUGGACCCAGCUCACUACCUUAAUGAAAAUGCGCAUGAGCAUUUCAGCUCGCAGUAUGUUGAUCAGUCCAUAUUUCACUGCCUAAGCAGUCCGGACAUACUUCUAAGGUCCUUCGUUGAGAAGCCUACAAAAGAUAUGCGCGGCUCACCUUUGGGGCAUCUGGACCCAUCCAAAAUGGAGCAUGCUUUCAGAUCAUGGCAAAGUAUCAACGGACCUCUGAUAUUUGAUAGCCUUUGGAUCGCCCUUGAAAGUCUCUUUGUCCCGCCGCCGGAACUGAAAGUCCGGAAGAACAAGAAGGGACGAUAUGCAGCGCUCUACGCGUUGGAUCCUAAACUGCCUGGUCGCCGUAAUCCGAAUGAUUGCCCAAAAACAGAGUAUAUCCCGGACAUGGACGCUGCUCAUAUCAUAAUGAUUUGUAUUCACGCUUUGACAUCGCUCGUCACAAAGGGACGACCGCAAACUUGGGACGAGAUACGGAACUUGCGGAUUAAGGGUAUGAUGCUACCUAACACGAGUAGUCGAGAACGGCCAAACGACGCUUAUAGCAUGCCUUGGCUGGACACUAUCGACCAACUGGAGUAUGAGCCAGCUGUACGGCUAGCUGAUCGCCUAGCGCGUGCCGUCGCUGCUCGCCGGUGCUUCGCGGAGAUCCAGCAGACCACGGCAAAGCAUGACAGCACGAUCCCGUUUGGACCUGCGAUGGAUAUUGUUAUUGAGCACUUGGUUCAUGUCGAAAGACAAAGGCAGAAAGCCAGCUCCGCUGAUGGCGAUAAUUUGAAAUGGAAGCGAGAAACAUGGGGAAGUUGGUCGGUGUCCGGUGUAUUCAUCGAAUGGUUGAGAACACUCAUCAUGAAGCACUGGAAGGGCCAACUAGAGUUGAAGCGAUGGGACACAGUUGGCGCUGCCGCUGAGGUCCUCGCCGAUAUGUAUAGGUUCCAUACGGAGCUUGGCCUCCGGAAACGCUUUUUUCACGUACAACAUCUUAGGGAAAAGGUCGACACGUUAGAGCUUACGACGAGUUACAUGGACCGAAAGGAAGACCCAAAUACUUUCCAUCUCCUUCAGUAUCCGUUCCUGUUCCAAGACCAUGUUUUGGUUUAUUAUUUCCGCACAUUCAGCUAUUCGAGCAUGUCGAAGUGGUAUACCACGAGUGGAAACAACUGGUCGCUUCAAGACAGGUUCAGUCGCCAUUUCCUGAGCAACUCAUGGCGAAAUUAUCUAAAUGAGCACUAUGCGGUUGCUUCUAGUAGGUACCUCAAACUGGAUGUGCGACGGAGUAAUGUUCUUGAGGAUACACUCGACCAACUGUGGGGACUUGAAAAAAGACAGUUGCUGCUACCUUUGAAGGUGCGGAUAGGUGUGGAUGAAGGCGAACGCGGCGUUGAUCAGGGUGGUGUCGCCCAAGAAUUCUUUAGGGCUGCACUGGCCGAGGCGUUCAACCCUGACAAUGGCAUGUUCACCGUGGACCCCCAGAACCGCAUGACUUGGUUCCAGCCCUUCUCUCUCGAACCACUAUCUCGUUUCGAGCUCAUUGGCCUUCUUUUCUCCAUAGCCGUUUACAACGGAAUCACCCUACCCGUCACUCUCCCCAAAGCUUUCUACCGGCGUCUACUUGGCAAACCCGUCAUCAACGUUGACCAAAUACGCGAUGGCUGGCCCGAUUUAGCAAGGAGCUUCGACUUCCUCCUCUCCUGCGAAGACGAAGUCGGCGACAUUCUCAGCCGCGAAUACGAAUUCAGCUUCGAAGCGCGCGGCCUUGUCAUCAACAUCAACAUGGCAGAUUUAGACCACGAGACACCCUCACCAUACACGAUCCUCGACUAUACCGACACGGACGACCCCUUCGCCUUGGUGGUGAACUGGCCACCCGAGCCCAGCGAAGCGCCCCUUGUGACCAACGCCAACCGCCACCAAUACGUGCGCGACUAUAUCAGCUGGCUGGUUGACAAAUCCAUAAAGCCACAAUUCGACGCCUUCGCGCGCGGCUUCCGCACAUGUCUUCCGGCCAAGCAUCUCGCGCUGCUGCGGCCCUCGCUGCUGCGCCGCACCGUCGAGGGCAGCAUGCACAUUGACACGCACGCGCUCGAGCGCGUGACUCGGUACGACGGCGGCUUUAGCGCGGAGCACGCGUUUGUGCGCGAGUUCUGGGCGGUGGUACACGCGUGGGACCAAGAGCGCAAGCGCAAGCUGCUCGAGUUCGUGACGGCCAGCGACCGUGUCCCCGUCGCGGGUAUCGAGAGCGUUGUCUUUUGGGUGCAGCGGAACGGGCCGGAUGGCGAGGGCCUGCCGACUAGUUCGACGUGCUUUGGCCGAUUGUUGCUGCCUGAGUACAAGGACCGCGAGAAGCUGGAGCAGAAGCUCGGCGUCGCGAUUGAGAAUGCGAGGGGCUUUGGCGCCGCGUAG